AAGCCCUACGUUCCUCGUUGGUUUCCACUUAUCGUCAGUUCGCAAUUUGCUCCUUGUCAAUGUGGUUAGCCUCCUAUGGCUAUAUCGAUGAUUAGAUGGCGGUGUGAACAACAUCGCCGCCACAUGCGAUAAUCAGCGACAAUAACAACGAGAAGAACGGGCGGCUAGACUUUCUAGAACGUCGAGCAUGGAUUGGCCUGCCCCGUGCCUCUCGCGUGAUCAGUGGUCGGACACUCUGGAGCACGAACAGCAUUCGUUAUGCUUCGAGGAGGAAUACAGAUUUGUUUUCCCUCGCCUUUUCCCUGCUAAACGGACCCCUGGACCCCGACGGCUAAACCGCAAUCGCCCUCUUGCAUAUUCGCAUGUACCCAAACACCAGGCCUCAACCUGCAUAAGCGUCAUCCAACCCUGCCAGGCUUUCCUCCGAUUAGCUGUAGCGGUUGCGAGCUUGACAUGCCACAGCAAUCAAUUUUCCUGGGCGACGGUCAGUCGACGGAGUGAAUUCCACCCCACCGUACUCCGUACACGCGACAAGAUUACGGAGCACUCCGCUCACGUUUUAACCACAUUUCCACAGAUAAGGACGCGAAGGCCGGGCAAAGGACGAAUAAAUAAGAUCAGUCUCAAGCGAGAGAUACUGUGCAUCAGCAGACCACGUCUCCAAGGUGGUGGUCUAAUACUACACGUGCAUCUACAGACACCCUAGCCUACGCAUGCAGGACAAAGACACCAGCAGUUCGGUUACAAAUUGAAGCGAAUGGGGCGGAUCUCCAUAAUCCAGACGGAAACGAAUGCAGCAAGGAACUUAUUGGAGUCCGCAGCCGCUGAUCUGUCGCCUCGUCUCGGCUUACAUUCAGAUUCCCACAGCCCGAGCUGAUGCCUGGACAAUUCUACCGAGCUGUUUUCCUUUGGG